AUGAGGCAUUUUCAAUUUUUAGAACGCUUAAGCAGUACGAGUAUUAAAGGGUACCUUAUUAUUACAUUCUUUUUUUACUAUAAAUUUGCUAAAAAUCAAUAUUUUAUCUGUCCAGUUAUUUUGGAUGAUCGACAGUUGGAAAAGUUAAGGAGUUUAGAGUAUAAACACACCAGAUUUUGCAAGAAAAUGUCUACUGAGCAUCGUUCAGUAGUGUCGGUAUUCUGCUGUGAAAUUACAACUACUGGGUUAUCUCUACUACCAAAUGAAAUUUACCUAAUAACACCGUUGUUUAGCGCGCAAAAAAAUGCAUUAAAGAGAACUAUUAUCCAGUUUGGAAUUAUAAUUAAAUAUGCCAAUAAAUGGUGGUUUCUCCAGAGAAGAAGUUGUGAAAUGAGCUUAGGCAUGGGUGAUACAAAUAAUAGGGAUUACCAAAAACUCCAGACAAAGUAUCUAGUAACUGCAUUUACUUGCCUGGAAAUGAAUAUUUUUCAGUCAACAAUAUUUCGAUUAAAUUUACGAAGAACAUGUCAAACAGAUAUAAUAUGGAUUAAAUUUUUAAUGCCUAAACAAAUAAAUUUUCUUAGCAAAAUUAUAGCAAUCAAAGUAUACAAUUGUUAG